AUGUCGCUGUGGCUGCGGCGGGGCCGCGGCCCGGAGCGCUGGGCGGCCGAGCGGCGGGAGCUGCAGGAGCGCAGCCGGCAGCAGUGGGAGAGCACCAGCCGCGCCUUCGCCCGCGCCGCCGCCGCCUGCUCCCUGCAGGCUCGGUGGAGCGAGCCCCGCGUCCCCCCGCCCAGGUAGGGCCGCGGUCGGUGCGGCGGGUGGCGGGGCGGCGCGGGGAUCCCGCUCACCGCCGGUGUGUGCGGCAGCGCGGAGGCGGCGCGGCGGGACGCGGAGGAGGCGGCGGCGCGGCUGGAGCGGCGGCGGGAGCGGCUGCGGCGGCUGCUGGGCGAGGAGCGGGAGGCGCUGGCGGCGGAGCUGCGGGAGCGGCGGCAGCGGGGCGGGAUGCGGAGCCAGGAGCUGCGGGACGGGCCCGGAGAGUGCGGGAGGAAGUUUGCUGAGCCGCCGCUGCAGGAGCGCUGGAACAAAAACAACGCGGAGCUCCGAGAGGCAGAGUCUGAGCUGCACAAGAAGCACGUGGGGAAGGCUUGGGGUGAUCAGCCAACACAACAAAACAAGGAAGAGGUGACCAAACUUGAAGAGAAAAAACGUUAUGAAAACGAGUACGAAACGGCACGAGGGGAAGCGCUGGAAAGAAUGAGACAAGAGGAAGAGAAGCCUCAGCUGGAGAAAACCUUACUUCAGCAGAUAGAAGAACUGAAACUGCAGGAGACAAAGGCAACAAAGCUGAAAAAGGAACAAGAGAAUUUAUUAAAGCAGCAGUGGGAGCUGGAGAAUUUGGAAGAAGAAAGGAAACAAAUGGAAGAGCAGCGGAGGAAGAGCGAGCUUGGUCGCUUUCUGAAGCAUCAGUGUGACGUCCAGCUAAGGAGACGAGCGCAGCAGGUACAGGAGGAGCUGGAGACAGACAGGCAAAUCUUAUCAGCCCUCCUGGAGAAAGAGGAGGAGGAUCAGAGCUGGCAGAGCCCGCGGCGGGGACGGGCGGUGGCAGACGUGGCCUGGAUGAAGAAGGUCAUUGAGGAACAACUCCAGCUGGAAAAGGAGAGGGAAGCAGAGCUUGAGACUAUCUUCAGGGAAGAAGCAAAAAAAAUAUGGGACAAGAGGGAAGAAGAAUGGGAAAGGGAGAAGGUGGCCAGAGAUCGCCUGAUGAGUGAGGUCCUUGCAGGCAGGCAGCGCCAGAUCCAAGAGAAGAUGGAGCUAAACAGGAGGGCCCAAGAAGAAUCCAUUAAAUAUCGAGAGCAGCUGAUCAAAGAACUCGAGGAGGCCAAGGAAGGGACUGGUCGGGACAAGGAGCAGGAGGAGGAGCAGCAGAGAGGCCACAGGAGGGAGCUGCAGGCACAGGGAACAGAGCACAGCCUGGGAGAGGAGGAGCAGCAGCAGGGAUCAGCCCAGCAGCACCUGGAGGCCAAGCAGGGCUGGCACAGCAGGUUCUACAGUUACCCAAGAGCAGCUUGGACCUGAGGAAUGAGCAUGAGAUGCAGCUCCAGACUACAGAAAGAAAACUCUGAGGACUCAAGGAACUCCUGAAAUAAUGGUGCUUCUGGAAUAGCCUACAGGGAGAUCAAGACUUGACUCAGUAGAUUUCUGAAAACAUUUAGUUGUGGCCAAAAUGAAGAGAAGAAAAGUGAAGAAGUGAACUGCUUCACUUGGCAUUCUGGAGUUGUGCUCAUGUAUUUCAGUACACGAGAGGCUGAAGCAACACAGCAAAUUCACCUGAGCCACCAAAGAAUCUGUGUCUCCCCAAGGAAGAGGAGCUGUGGGGCUGUGCCAGACUCCCACCCUGGAGAAUCAGGCUGUGCCUGGCUCCCCACUGGACUGUGAGGGGUUAAUUAAUAAUGUACAUUGCAAAUCAGUCAGAUCAUGUGUGCUGGGGCAGCAGUGCUUGUCCACUUCCUCUCCAGAAGGUGCUGGAGACUUAACCAUUGUUUUUCACUUGUUUCAUAAAUAAUGAAUAAUUGAAACCUGAACAAGGAUUUGGUUUUGUUACAUGAGCAAACUACAGCAGCAACAGGAGAGGAGAUUGAGUUGAUUAUUGCAGUUCAUUCCUUGCUGUUGCCAUCCACAACUGCAGACUGACAUCAGUCCUGUCACAGUGCACAAGGAGCUGUAACAAAAACUGGCACUUUCCCCAAGAGUAGAAACCUUUCCAGAGAUCUUUAGAGAACCAGCAGUCAAAUAAGCCCACAUUAUUUCACACACUGAAAGGGUUUUAGCAUUUUAUAGUAAUACUGUAAACAAAAGAUUAAAAGUCAAAAUAUUGUACAGACAGAAUGACACUGAUAAAUACAAGGUUUGGAAAAAGGCAAAAAAAGCUUUUCCUUUCCUCUGCAGCAUUUUGUGAAGGAAGAGCAAGUUUGUUUACAGGGGGACAAGAGAUCUAGGCCUAAAAGAAAAACACACCUUUUGUUGUAGAGGUGCUACAAACUCUGUGACUGCAGUGCUGUGAGUGGAGGGUUCAUGAACUUGCUGCUGGGGGUUCCUGUGGGCUGUGGACCACUCUGAUUUCAGUGUAGCUGGAGCAGGGGCUGGCAGUUACUGAAGUGUCCCUUGGUUUUGGAUCAAAGGCAGGUUUAAAUAAGGGAUAAAUUACACCAUAGCUCAGUGUCACCCUGCUUUGGAAAGCAGGUAAGAUAUGUUAAAGAGCAGCACACAGUGGUGUCCUGGGAGACGGGAAAAUACCAUCUGCUGCCUUUCAGACAUUAUUUAAGGAAAAGUUCCUGGAAGGUUCUCCAUGUGUUUAAUUAAUUGCCAGUUUCAUGAUUUUGAAGUAGGUUUCACAAAGGUCAUUUGCUGUUUUAAUCCCAGCCUGCCUCUGCUGUCAGGCUAGAGCUGCUUCUGGGGUUCAGGAGGGCAGAAAGGAAAUAAAACACCACAAUGAAGAACAUUAAUUUACUGGGCUGUCAUCUCCUCUCUCCAUUCCUUCCCUCCCUCAGACUCUGGGAGCCAGACAGCACCAGGAAUCCAGCAGUGCUGUGGAUUCCACACAAACACACCAUGGCUGGCUCCUGGGCAGGCACAACACAAUUCCAAAUGAACAGAGGCAAAAAUCAGUGAUUUCCUGCACCACCUAAAAUUCAGACUCCCAAAAAUAUUCUCUAUUUUUAAAUUAUGGACUGACACACUUCUGUGAACUGAGAAACCUGGAGCACACAUGGCCACUGGGGCCAGGCAGCCUGGCAGGGGUUACUUAGCAAGUUGUCAAAUUUUGAAAUAUUUGCAUUAAAAACUUAGAGGAGAUACGAGAAAUGUUUUCACAUUUGGAUAUGUUGAGGUACAGAGGUUAUGUGCUGUGGCAGACACAGCUGCUUUUGCACUGGCACUCUUCUAACUUCCUUUUUUUUUGUUAAUAAGCACAGAAAUCUCUAGUGAAAUUGCAUCUGGAGUUACUGAGAAAUGCUGCUGCAAACAAGACCUCAAAGAUGACAGGAAAAUUCUGCAGGAAACUUAACAAUGAAUUACUAACUCAGAAACAAAGGAUAAUAUUUUAACCACUAAUGCCCUAAAAUAACAUCAAACAUAUAUAUUAAUGGCAUAGUGACAACUAAAAGAAAUAACUACUAAGUUUCAAAUUCCUUCCAAAACAUAAAGUGACAAAGACCUUGCAGAGUUACACGUAACAAGCUUGGAUGCCCACAACUACUACUGGUUUAGCAGACUAAAAAAAAAAAGAAAAACAAAACAUAUUGCACAACAGUUGAUAUGGGAACAGAGGACGUUGGGCUUGCACCCCGUUACCAGGACAAACCUUCUUCCUGCUGGGAGCAAUUCCUGGAGCCUGGGGAGCCUCAGCCAGCAGGAUCCCAGCAUGGGGAGGCUCCAGAGGGAUGGAGAUGCUGCAGUGGUGUCAGAGCAGGAUCUGAAAGCAGAACGUGGCCCCAAGGAAACAUCUACAGCGCUGGGACAUGAGAGUGGCUCGACAGCUACUUGCAACAUGCUAUUAUCCAUAACUACACUGGCAACACAGGCACAAAAUAAGGCAGUGGGUUAAAUUAAUCAUAAAAUUGUUAGAAAACAUGCAAAAAUAAUACUGAGUUUAAAAAAAAAAAAAAGUUUCUUGCCCCUUGAAGUUUUUUUUUCCUCGUAAAAAUGCGCAUAGUUCCACACCUAGAUGUUGAAAUCCAACCUUUAAAAAAAAAAAAAA